AUCCAAACAUAAAAAAUGAAGCGUUGUUUUAAAAUUUUAGCUUUAAAAUAAAAUUACGCAACGUUAAAAAUCUUUUUUUGACGUCAAACUUAAAAUUAAUUUUGGUGUAAGUUUGGGUGAAAGUUUGCAUAACUGGUUAUGUUUUAGAUUAGUAACUUUUACGUUGGUAGAAACUAUUUACUAUGGAAACCAUUUCUGAACUUGAUCUCUAUGAACCCAAUGGGCCUAUACUGGGUGGAAAUGGUUACAUUCCAGCUCAAACCCAACGCAAAGCAUACCAAGAUUUAUACGAAACUCCACAAACAAAAAUUGCUUGCAUUCGUUCGCUUCGAAAUCUAAUCGAAGAAAAGCAGGAAGAAAAUAACUUUGACGAGCACUCGGACGCUUUUUUGCUAAAAUUUUUAAGACACCGUAAGUUUGACGUCAAUGAUGCAUAUCAUUUACUGGAACGUUACUAUACCAACCGCGAAGCAAAACCAGAAAUAUUUCGAAAUUUAACUAGAAAAAACAUUCGAAAAACCUUAGAACAAGGUAUUGUUUGUGUUUUACCUCAACGUGAUCAGCACGGAAGAGUACUUAUAAACUUUGAUCUCAGAAAAUGGGAUUUUAGCGUUCCAUGGCAUUUCGACAAACUUUUGAGAGUAUGGGUUUAUACAUUGACAAAGUUGUUUGAAGUUGACGAAACUCAAAUCAAUGGAAUAGUAAUUAUUUGCGAUUUGAGACAACUUAGUGUACUACAAACCAAAAGUUUAAGAUCAAGUAUGCUUAAAAAAGUCAUUGACCUAUUUCAAGACAACUUUCCGUUUCGUCUUAAUGCAGUUCAUUUAUUAAAUCCAAGUUGGCACUUCAAACUUCUUUGGAAAAUGAUAAAUGUAUCUGCGUUCAUUAAACCCAAAUUAGCCGAACGUCUGUUUGUUCACGAUGGCGAUUUGUCAAUUUUUAAUAACGAAUUUCCAGUAAAAUACUUACCAAAAGAAUUAGGAGGAGAGGUUGUGUAUGAUAACAACAUUUGGGUGAAAGAACUAUUAGAACCUGAAAAAUCUGAACAGGUCACUCAGUUGCAGACAUCAGCUCACAUUCAAGCGCUAAACAAGAAAAAAAAGUUUUCUUUUAGCGGCACUAAAAGAAGUACAGCAUCGUAUAAUACAGCAAAAAAAAUUUAAUUCAAAAUGAUUUUAUUCUUGUAAUAAUAAAAAUUUAAUUUCCAAUGA